UCACUCACUCUUUCUCCCUUCCCGUUCUUCCGCCUUCGAAACCCUUCCAUCUCCUCAGGAUCGACUCACCAGAAGCGGAGGAGGAAGGCGAUCACCUUCUCCAUCUCCAUUCCCUCCUUCCAUCUCCUCACAGAUCGCAUCAUGGACCGAAGGCUACGCUUGAGAGAACUCAUCCAAAAGGAGAGGGAUGAGGAGAACCCGCAGAUUGAUCUUUCAGAUAUGAAUUUUCAAGCCUUACGGCCUUCGGUCAUUCAUUAUGGACAAGAACAACUUGAAAUUCUCACCGACGGUUUCACGAACCAAAUAGGGCAUGGUGGAUCCGGAAGAGUAUACAAAGGUAAAGCACUUGACAGUGAAAUGGCAAUUGCUGUCAAGUGUCUAAAAGAAGGAGAAAUAUAUAUCAAAAUGUGGAAGACAGAAUUGACAUUAUUGAAUAAGUUUCAGCACAAAAAUAUAAUCAACUUAGUUGGGUAUUGUCCUGCAUAUCCCUCUUUAGCUAAGCUAUCAUGACAGAAUUUAUGGAAAAGGGCAAUCUAAGGGAAU